GGUGUGCACCACUACUCCUAACAAUUUUGAAAUAUUUUAAGACAGUUGAAUAAAUCUGAAUUUGAAUAAUUGUAAUUUUUCUUUUUGGCAGUGAUGGUGUUAUUUGGAGAAUGUUCUUAAGGGAUACAUAUUGAAUACUUGAAAUAAAGCGUUUUUUUGUUUAUAAUUUCCAAAAUUGACCUUAAUUAGUCUGAGAAUUAAGGCAAAUACUGUCCAGAUGAAUGAUAAAGGUAUUCAUUCCUUCAAUUUUUAUGUUCCGUUCGCUAAUUUGAAAAUUAAAAUGUUUUCUACAAUCUCCCAGGAUUUUCUAUUUGGCAGCUCUGUGUAGGUGCGUGCCUUACAAGAAUAACCCUGGCCUGCCCGCUAAUCCCAGCCCUCUCAAUCUCACCACUAUUCGGAAAUGCACCGAGGAGGAGGACCUCCUAGAUUCCUAGAGAGAUCCGCCUGUGGUCUGGGGAGCCGGAAGCCCUUCCCGAGGCACUUCCUGUCCGGUCAUUGUUCUCUCCCCGCUUACUGCAGAGAGGCUCUAUAGUCUCAGUCCGAGAAACUGGCGCUGGCGUGCUGGGCCACCGUGGAACAGUACUCAUCUUGGCACUGGGAAGAAACUCAGAAGCCUUGGAGACUUGAAGAUUAGAUAGGGUGUGGCCAAUGUUGGGUAUUCCUCAGCUAUUCAAAGAUUCCCCAUUGAACAGAGAAGAUGACUGCAGAAUUGAAAAAGACUAUGGGCCGAGCCUCUUGGAGCCCAGUGAAGGUGAAAAAGGAAGAGGAUGAGGAUGAAAGUAUAAGUCAGGCAUCCGGUCAACAAGUGUACUCUGAGAAUGUCAAGGUCUGGGCCCCCGGGGAAGGUCCUUAUUUAAGCAUUGAUGUAUCAGAAGAGGAGGAAAAGGGUCAGAAAAUGUUCUGGGACAUGGCAGUGGUCCUAAAAGCAACACAGGAGGCUGCUGCACCCCUUGGGAGCUACUCAUUACCAGGGACUCUGGCCAAGAGUGAAAUCCUGGAGCAUCAUGGGAACCCAGCCCUGCUAGGUACUGAAACCAAGAACCUACAGUUACUGGUUCCUAAAACAGAGAUAUGUGAUGAAGCAGAGGAGCACCCCAUGAUUUUAGGAAGAAUCCAGAAAAGUGACCUUCAAGGACCUGAGCUAGGAGAAUCUUAUGAAAAGGGAAAUGUGUUAAAAAGGCAGAAAAUAAAGAGGGAAAAAAGAGAUAUAAGAAAAGUAACCAUGAAAGACUGUCCAUUGUCUGAAAGCUUCAGAGAAGACGAAGACCAGAAAUCUAGGAAGUCUAAGAGGAAAUAUAGCCUUAGUUCUGGUCCAGCUAAAAAUCAGAAAAUACAGCCUGGGCAAAAGCCUUUUACAUGUAGUGAGUGUGGGAAAGGCUUUAGUCAGAGUGCAAACCUUGUUGUGCAUCAACGAAUCCACACUGGGGAGAAACCCUUUGAGUGUCAUGAGUGUGGGAAGGCCUUCAUUCAGAGUGCAAACCUUGUUGUGCAUCAGAGGAUCCACACUGGACAAAAACCCUAUGUUUGUGCAAAAUGUGGGAAGGCCUUCACUCAGAGUUCAAAUCUGACUGUACAUCAGAAAAUUCACUCCUUAGAAAAAACCUUUAAGUGUGGUGAAUGUGAGAAAGCCUUCAGUUAUAGUUCACAACUUGCUCGGCACCAGAAAGUCCAUAUAACUGAAAAAUGCUAUGAAUGCAAUGAAUGUGGAAAAACAUUUACUAGAAGCUCUAACCUCAUUGUCCAUCAGAGGAUCCACACUGGGGAGAAGCCUUUCGCCUGUAAUGAUUGUGGCAAAGCCUUUACCCAGAGUGCAAAUCUUAUUGUGCAUCAGCGAAGCCAUACUGGUGAGAAGCCAUAUGAGUGUAAAGACUGUGGGAAAGCCUUUAGUUGUUUUUCUCACCUUAUUGUGCAUCAGAGAAUUCACACUGCAGAGAAACCUUAUGACUGCAGUGAAUGUGGAAAAGCCUUCAGUCAACUCUCUUGCCUUAUUGUCCACCAGAGAAUUCACAGUGGAGAUCUCCCUUAUGUGUGUAAUGAGUGUGGGAAGGCCUUCACUUGUAGCUCAUACCUACUCAUUCAUCAAAGAAUCCAUAAUGGGGAAAAACCUUAUACGUGUAACGAAUGUGGUAAGGCCUUCAGACAGAGGUCGAGCCUCACUGUCCACCAGCGAACCCACACGGGGGAGAAGCCCUAUGAAUGUGCAAAGUGUGGUGCGGCUUUCAUUUCUAACUCACACCUCAUGCGACACCACAGAACCCAUCUUGUUGAGUAGCAAGAAAGAGGGUAUUUCCCUGCUGUUGGUCAUAGCCUACUGCUCCCAAUAGUAGGCACCUCUGUUCUGCUUUAUUCUCCCUUUGGUAAAACAAAGCCUAUACCCUUUCAAGUUACUUUUCUGGAAGGGAAAGUAACACAAGCAUUUCAGAGGCUAAUUUAAAGAAAAUAAAACUUAAACAUCUAAAAGCCAA